AUGCCCAAAGAAGACAUCCACACCACCACCCAAGCCCGUCUCCAAAACGACUACGGCGCUGACCUAUGGGUGAAGAACGCCACUCCUCAUCGUCACCCAACAGCAGGCCGCGGUCUCUUCGCCGGCCUCCAAGACGUAAAACAAUAUAACGUGGACUCGGGGUGGGCGAAACGCGGCAACGACGAGUCGUCGGGGUUGUUUGGGUUUUUGUUUGGUCGGAUAUUCGGGGGUGGAUAUAGACGGCCGGAGUAA